UCAGACACAAGGCCACGAGGUAGAAAUGUAUUGUCACGAGGAGAAGAAACCGCGCAGCACUCUGCCUCCACCAUGUUACCAUUGCAAGCUACCACCAUUUUGUUGUCCAAAAUACGGUUGUCCACCUCCGCAACAAUAUCCACCUCCAAGUUAUUGUUGCCCUCCUUCAUGUCCACCAUUCAUAUGUAGACAACGACCUCAACCACCACCAAAACCACCUACCUUAUAUGUCGCAAAUUGUUUACCACCACCUGGACCUGAACCACCGCGAAGUCCAGCUCCACCGAAAAUAACGCCGCCUGCGUCCUGCGUACGUUACUGCAUUCGUAACACAUGCAAUGGAUCGAUGUACGCUCCUUGUUACUUUUCGGACAAACCCAAAUUUUCAUGUUCGAAAUGUUGUUGA